CAAUUAUAUCGCCCGAUAUAAUACACGGCUCUUCGGUGACGCGUCCUCUUUGCCGCGCAUCGCUCCUAAGCGUGAGAGGGCUCCCCCUUGGCAGGACGACCGGUUUUUCCUACGGAGAGACAAACACCUGUUGCCCGUGCAGUUCUACGUCCGGGUCUAAUAACGCUCGAAAAUGCCGGCGAACAAAUUGGCCCUCUUAAGCGUGUCCGACAAGACCGAUCUGUUACCGUUGGCGCUAAAGCUGCACGAACUUGGAUUGACCCUAAUUGCCUCCGGAGGUACCGCGCAGGCACUGAGAGACGCCAAGUUGCCGGUGCGAGAUGUUUCUGAAAUCACAGGAGCGCCUGAGAUGCUUGGCGGACGCGUAAAGACUCUUCAUCCUGCUGUUCACGCCGGGAUUCUCGCCAGGCUGACCGAUUCCGACGCGCAGGACCUUCAGAAGCAAAAUUACGAUCUUAUCCAAGUGGUAGUUUGCAAUCUCUAUCCCUUCGUGAAGACCGUUUCGAAACCGAACGUGGCGGCAGAGGACGCGAUUGAAAACAUUGAUAUUGGUGGUGUGACUUUGCUGCGCGCCGCUGCCAAGAAUCAUGCCAGAGUUACAGUUAUCUGUGACCCCGCUGAUUACAAAAAGGUCAUCAAAGAGAUGGACGCCGCUGCCGACAAGAACACCUCGUUGCAGACUAGGCAAAUUUUAGCCCUGAAAGCGUUCACUCACACCGCCGAGUACGACAACGCUAUCUCGGAUUACUUCCGCAAGCAAUACAGCGCCGGUGUCUCUCAGCUCACUCUCCGCUACGGCAUGAAUCCGCAUCAGAAGCCCGCGCAGAUAUUCACCACGCUGGAGAAGCUGCCGUUGGCCGUGCUGAACGGGUCACCUGGCUUCAUCAAUCUGUGCGACGCGCUGAACGGCUAUCAACUGGUGAAGGAAUUGAAGUCCGCCCUGAACUUACCAGCGGCGACCUCCUUCAAGCACGUCAGCCCGGCUGGCGCCGCGGUUGGCGUGCCCCUGGACAGCGUACAGGCGAAACUGUGCCAAGUGGAGGAUCUUCAAAGUCAGCUUACGCCGUUGGCGACCGCCUACGCUCGUGCACGAGGCGCCGAUCGAAUGUCAAGUUUCGGCGACUUCGUCGCAUUGUCCGAGCCGUGCGACGUUGUAACGGCGAAGAUCAUCUCGAGAGAAGUCUCGGACGGUAUUAUUGCACCUGGCUACUCGGAGGAGGCUCUUGAAAUACUGAAGAAGAAAAAGGGUGGCGCAUAUUGCGUGCUUCAAAUCGAUCCUUCUUAUGCGCCAUCUCCGAUGGAACGCAAAACUCUGUACGGCCUGGUUAUGGAGCAGAAACGUAACGACGCGGUGAUCGACAAGUCGGUGUUUAGCAAUGUCGUGGCGAUGAAGUCCAAGGGUCUGCCGGAAGACGCUAUUCGCGAUCUGAUCGUGGCCACCAUCACUGUAAAAUAUACGCAAAGCAAUUCUGUCUGUUAUGCCAAAGACGGGCAAGUGAUCGGCACGGGGGCCGGACAGCAGUCCAGAAUUCAUUGCACCAGGCUUGCUGGAGACAAGGCCGAUAAUUGGUGGCUUCGCCAGCACCCAAAGGUAACAGGAAUGAAGUUCAAGAAAGGCGUGAAAAGAGCGGAGAUCUCGAACGCGAUCGACAACUACGUCAACGGGUCCAUUGGCAAGGACAUGGACGAAGCUACAUGGGCCGCCAUGUACGAAGUGAUUCCUGAAAAACUGUCGGAGAGCGACAAGAUCGAGUGGAUCAAGAAAUUGAAUAACGUUGCUCUGAGCAGCGAUGCCUUUUUCCCAUUUAGAGACAAUGUGGACAGGGCUAGACUUAGCGGUGUCAAGUUCAUCGCGAGCCCCGCUGGUUCCACAAACGACGCAGCAGUGAUUGAUGCCUGCAACGAACACGGAAUCGUGCUGGCUCACACCGGUUUCCGAUUGUUCCAUCAUUGAAUGUAUAAAAUUUUAUACAUCGUCACUAUUUUUGUACGAUGUAUAAUACUGAGAGAUUUCUUCCAAUUAAUGCUUCAAUGUGAAAAGAGCGACAACAUAGAAGAUAUUUUUGUACCGCUUUUUUACUUCUAUUAAAUUUUACUGGCGCAGCUGCAUGUAAAAUAGACGUAAACGUUUGUACACAUAUAUUGUUAUAGCAGUGAUCUGUCGAAAAGUUUAUCCCAUACAUACCAUCGCAGAUUAAACAAUAAAUUUCGUAAAUUAUCGA